AUGACGGUAGAUGACUCUGCAAUUGUCAGCCAAGUCAAAGCCUUGGGAGUUGUCCCUUUGACAGAAUUAACCGCGACACAGCAAGCCGACGUUUACGGGAUUGUCAAGAUGCUUAAACCAGCGAGACAAUGUGCGAAUGGCAGACGAGAUUGGCAAUUGACGUUUCAAGUCAUUGAUCCAUCGAUUCAACCGCAAUCCAAGAUAUCGCACAUUACCAGCAACCUGUUUUACGAAAGUCAGGAUUGGCUACCCGCAAUUCAAGGUCCAGGUGAUAUUGUGAUUUGCAAAAAUGUCGUGCUUCGUCCGUUCAACGGUACAGUUCAAGUGCAGAAAAUAGCAAAUCGGUCAACGUUUAUUGUGGUUGAUCCCGACACCUUGAAGCAGCGUCCCAAUGCGGCCUACGCAAUUACGCCGACAGAGAAUGACUGGAAAAUGAUCCGACUAUAUCAACAAUGGGCAAAAGACCGCAAAGCGACCGACCGACCGUUGCCGACCAUGAAUAUGCCUUCCCAACCAAAGAUUACGCACCUUCGAACGGAUGAACUGCAACCUAAUUAUUUUCCCUAUUUUGACUACGUUGGCCAGGUUGUGGCUGUGAAUCUGCAGGGUCCUUGCAUGGUGUUUCUUCUUACCGACUACACCGAGAAUCCUCAGCCGAUGGACGAUGAAGACCUUCCAACGGGCGUGGAUGCUCGGCUUCUGGUCCAAUGUACAUUGUGGGAUGAAAACGUCCGACAAUGCCCUGCGUUUCAACAUGGCGAUUUCAUCCACCUGAGGAACUGUAAAGUCAAACAGAGCGCCUAUGGCCAACUUGAACUCGCCGUGCAUGGCGAAAAGAAUCUGCAAAGAAAAUUCAGAAAAGUCUUCAAACUUGAUCCCGCGGACCCACUCCUCGCCCAACUGCAAACUCGUCGCGAAGCAUAUGAGGCGAACAAGCGUCAAAAACGGCGAAAAGUCAACUCGAUUCAUGAAAUUACCGUGGGAGUUGUACGCACCGUGCAUAAACAUCAAACCAUGAAUUAUUCUUCCAAUCAGACGGUCAUGCACACGGACGAGCUUCCGAAAAAGUGGAAAAUUAGAGCCUAUCUUACAGAUUAUCAUCCCUCCAAUGCCAAGGAUUGGGUCGUCAAAUGGUGUUCACGAUGUGAUCGAUCAUAUGGCCAAAGCAGUACAACCGUGUGCGAAUUCUGUAAAAGUGGAUCAUUGCAAUACACGUAUUCCGCAUGUUUGCUGGCCCAAGAUGCACAAGGAGUCAAGAUCCCCAUUUACUGUUACGGGAAAGAUACUAUCUCCAUGUUUCCAGACAUGCCGCCUUGCGAAAAUCGGUCUAACAAAAAGUGA